GGAGCUAGUCCGUAUUUCUCGUUUUAAUUUUUUUGGCAGGGGCAGGUUCUCCGGAGAUAAACGAGAUCUGCAGCCGAGGGGCCCCUGGGUAUUGGGAAUACAGCAGUAAACAAGACAAGACGAAAAUCACCACCUUCAUGGAGCCUAGAGCCUACAUUUUAGCGAGGGUAGGAACGACAGGAAACAACAGAGCUGGUAGAUAAGCAACUUAAGCACCAUGUUGGAAAGUGAUACAGCGCUAUAGAGAAAUAGAAGAAUUCAUGUGAAGCAGGGAAACAAGAGGGUGAAUGACAGCUGGCUUGAUGUUGCUGAUAGUCCCCAAAUCCAGGGCAGUGUUUGACACACCAAAGCAUAGAGCAGCUGUCCUCUGGGUCGGGAAGGGGCCCCUGACUGGCCUCUCCAAGACCUGUGUCCCCCAGAGGAGACUGCUCUCUACAGGAACCACCUGAUAAUUUGUGUGGAAACUGAAUCUGACCAACAGGAAGACUGGUAAAAAGAUGCAGCAGGUUGUUCUGUCAGAUGGGAGUCCAGGUCCACCAAGCCAGCUGUUUUGUACACCUCCUGAUACCCAGCUACUUCAGGAACCAGCUCUAUCAACUCCUCAGUAUCCUGCCUUUGCUAAGGAUGGAAGCCAAAGAAACCUUCCAGCCACAGAAACCACACUGAUGAGCCAGGCCCAAGAGUCAGUAGCAUUUGAGGAUGUAGCUGUGGACUUCACUAACGGAGAGUGGCAGUAUCUGACUGAUGCUCAGAGGCAACUCUAUAAAGAUGUGAUGUUGGAAAAUUAUAGGAACAUGGUAUCACUUGGAUUUGGAUUUCCUAAACCUCCUUUAAUUUCCUAUCUGGAGCAAGAAACAGAGCCCUGUGCUCAGGAUCUGUGGAACGGGAAGUCCCUAAGCUGUUCCCAGUCAGUAUCAACUGAUAGAACACUGCCUGGGAAUGAGAAGGCAAGUUCAGAACAAGAGGUGUUUGAAAACAGAGAUGUCUUCCAGCUGAAAAGUAGCAGUCUUCCCAAAGUUAUUUCCCGGGAUCCUGAAGUCAGAGAAGUUUACGUACAACAUGUCAAACUAAAGACUCAGUGGGAAACACCUUUAUGGGGGAAAUGGACAGAAGACAAAGAUGGCUCUGAAGAAGUAACUUUCAAUGAAAGAAAGAAUCAGAAGGUACUUAGUAAAAUCUUCAGUUCAAACUCAAAGCGUAAUCCAUAUAAUAGAGUUCUUACAGAACAGCAACUCCAUGAACGUGCCAAAUGUGACAAAGACUUCAUUUGGCAUUCAGACCUAAUUCUCCAUGAGCAAAUUCAUUCUGGUGAAAAACACCAUGUGUGUAAUGAGUGCAGGAAAGCAUUCAAGACCAGAAAUGAGCUUUCUGUGCACCUGCUAAUUCACACAAGGGAAAAGCCCUUUAACUGCACACAGUGUGGGAACAGCUUGAGUAGUAGAUCAGCUCUUUGCCGACACAAGAAAACCCACAGUGGGGAGAAGUCUCACGUGUGCGGGGACUGUGGGAAGGCCUUCACAACCAGGAACUGUCUCAGGAACCAUCAGCUCAUCCACACUGGGGAGAAGCCCUACAGAUGUAGUGACUGUGGGAAGGCCUUCCCGUUUAAGCAGUCCCUUAACAUCCACAGUAGAAUCCACACUGGAGAGAAACCGUAUGAAUGUGAGGAGUGUGGGAAGACCUUCAGCGGAAGGUCAGACCUCACCAAACACAGAAGAAUCCACACUGGGGAACGCCCUUACAAGUGCAGUGAGUGUAGGAGGGCCUUCAGUCGGAGCUCGGACCUAAACAAGCACAGUAGAAUCCACACUCGAGAGAAACACUAUGGGUGCCCCCAGUGCGGAGAAGCUUUCAGCAGCAGGACUGAGCUCACCAAACACAGAAAGAUCCACACUGAAGAGAAACGAUACAAGUGUGGGGCCUGCGGGAAAGCCUUUCGCCAUAACUGUAAGCUCAGGGCUCAUGAACAAGAACACACUGGGGAGAAGCCUUUUCCAUGUGGGCUCUGUGGGAAAGCGUUCCAGGAUCAACACUGCCUUACCGUCCAUCAGAGAAUCCACACUGGAGAGAAGCCUUAUACAUGUCCAGAGUGUGGCAGAGCUUUCCGGGGGAAGUCCAACUUCACCAACCAUCAAAGAAUCCACACUGGGGAGAAGCCUUACAAGUGUGAUGUGUGUGGAAAGGCCUUCCACCACGGCUCUGUGCUGCAGCAGCAUAGAAGAGUCCACACCGGUGAGAAACCAUAUACAUGCGAUGAGUGUGGCACCUCUUUCCGUCAGUGCUCAGCCCUAAUUGGACAUAAGCGAAUUCAUACUGGGGAGAGACCUUAUGAAUGUGAGGAGUGUAGAAAAACUUUCCGAGUGAGCUCAAAUCUUACUAGGCAUAAAAAAAGAAAACAUCAAGUAUGGAGAACCCAGGAAAGUUGAUUAGAGUGAGAAAUCCCACUCUUCCAGUAACCAUUUCCUGGAGCUCAGUAGUCAAUAUCUUGACCAUCGGUGCCUGAGUGGAAUGACUGGUGUUUACACUUUCCAUUUCUCCUUCAUCCUCACACACUGGUCCCCCUUAUCUCCCAUUAUUCCUGAUUUCCUGAACCCUGAGUGAGAUCUCUAAUGCAUUGUCCUUGAAACUUCCUACUUAGUAUUAUUUCUUCAGCGAGCACAAUCACUGCUAAUAGUUGAUCUCUUCAUCAACAUAAUAAAUACUUACCAGCACUUAGUAUGUGCCAGGCACUGUUCAAGGGGCUUUACACGUGUUUAGCUCAUUGGAUGUGUAUAAUGUUGUCCAUGUGAGAUAAGGAAUUUGAGGCAUAGAAAGAUUAAGAAGCUUGCCCAGCAUCACGGUUAUGUAAAUUCUACAUAUUGAUGAAGGCUUCACAAUGAUCCCUGGAUAUCAGGGUUCAGAGAUCUUCCAGGUUAGUGAAUGAAUUGAAGUGCUGGUAUGGUGGCUCACCCAGAGAGGCACAGACACUCCCAGUACUCCCCCCCCCCCCCCAUAGCUUCUCCUAAUGUAGUUCUUCAAUUUGGCUGAUCUUGAGUUGUUCAUAAGAAACUAGUAAAUAA